GCAGCGAAGGGAAAGUCCAUGGGAAAGUCCCAUUUUCGUUCACAAACAUGGCAGAGGAUGCAGUCAGCGAUAGCAUCGCCGGAGAAAAAGUGGAGGUCACUGUCUUGUUUUUUGCUAAAAGUCGAGACCUUACCGGCACAAAGGAAGCCAAUAUCAGAGUCCAGUCAAAAAUCAACACCGGAAGCCUUCUGAACGUAUUAAGUGAGAAAUAUCCAAGAUUGUCUGCUAUUCAGGAUUCUAUAGUAUUGUGCAUCAAUCAAGAAUACAUCUCUGCUGAAUGUUCUUUUCAUCUUUCACCUGGGGAUGAGAUUGCUGUAAUUCCACCGCUUUCUGGAGGCUAACGUAAUCAUUUUUAUCUAACCACUUGAGCAAGAAGGAGAAAUCGACUAUGGAUGAUAUAAGAUUGACAACAGAUGUUCUUGAUGUAGAAAAAGCUGUUCAGACGGUCACAGACCCUUCCUGUGGUGCAGUGUCAAUGUUUUUGGGUACAACACGCAACAACUUUGAAGGGAAGAAUGUAGUUCGUCUGGAGUAUGAAGCUUAUGAAUCGAUGGCAGAGAAACAGCUCAAUAGACUCUGCUUAGAUAUGAGACAGAAAUGGGACCUUCACAACAUUCUUAUUCAUCACAGAUUGGGUCAUGUUCCUGUAACAGAAAGCAGUGUUAUGAUUGUAAUAUCAUCACCACACAGAAAGGAAUCCCUGGAGGCAGUGCAGUACUGCAUAGAUCAACUCAAAGCUACUGUUCCUAUAUGGAAAAAGGAAAUAUAUGAAGAAGGAGAUGGAUGCUGGAAGGAAAAUAAAGAGUGUCCAUGGGCCAGCAAAUCAUGAUGUAAUAAAACUGUUUUAUAUGUAUUUUUCUUUUUCUAUGACGUGUAUUUUUUUCUCAUUCAAUUCUAAUUCAAAGGAAACAUGUUACAACACUGGCCUGUAAUUUUGAUGGUUUAUGGCCAGGCCACUUUUCUUCAGAACACAUUUCUAUAUAACGCAAAUGUGAAAAAGUUCAAAAGGUCACCAAAAAUAUCUAGGGCUAAUAAUAAGUGGGGCAAUGAAGCCAAUUAGUAGCAUGCAAGAUCAUACCUUUAAUGGCAUUGGAGUAAUUUUAAUAAUUCAAAUCCUACUAUUACAAAAAAUAUUUCAAUAUUACAAGGCCUGAGUCCUUUGGGGGAAAUGCCUUUGCUUCCAUCACAUUAGGUAUAAUUGAAGGAAAACAAAGACCACAGACUGAAUUACAGUACUCUCUUUGAUAAGCAGUCUGUAGAAAACCAUCACAAAGCUUAAUUUUCGAAAAGUUUUCCAUCCAUUUUUUAAAAUGUAUUCAAUUUGAGAAGAAUUUGGAUAAUCAUAAGUGUCUGGUGUGUCAGGAUACAGAAAAGUAAUGGUGGUUAACAUUUUGUAAUUUAAUGGAUACAUUUGAUGGGUAACACAAUACAGAUUAUGUUUUCAUGAACAGGCAAGUUUAAUAGAGUCACAGCACCAAACUGUGUUUUUGAUAAGUUUGGCUUUGGUUUGAUCUGUUCUAUUUCCUUUGACUUUUGAAUUCUAGAGGGUUAAUGUCGGGACUGUCUUGUGUGAUCACUGUUACUAAGUUGAAGUCAGUUUUAGAGGGUGCAGAUCAAUCAAAUUUCAAAACAUUGAUUGCAUUUUACUUAACAUUUAUUUUAAUGUUAGUGAAUUUUCUUAUGGGAUCACACUCAAAUAACAGGAACAGAUUGACAAGUAAUAACAAGUGUCAUGGCCUGUGUUCACUCAUAUUUUUCUGGGAUCAGUUUAUUCAUUGAUAAGUGCAAUAGAUAGAUUCACAACAGAAAUGCCAUAUCAUUCUUGCAUAAUCUUUUAUGUGAUUAUAUGGAGGAGAUUAUUGAAGUAGAAUUUUUUAUUUAAAAAAAAAAAUAGUUUUAUUAUUAUUUUUUUUUUAUAUAAAAGUCAUGAGUGGGAGAGCAAAAAUAUAUCUAAUUGAGGGUUGAGAAACAGGAAGUAACUAAUUUGUGUAGAUUUGGUAAAAAUUGAUAAGCACUGCAUCUAAAGAUUAUGAAGGGUAUUAUUAAAGCCUUUAUUACAAUGAACUUUCUGUUGCCUGUAAAGCAAAACAACACCUCACCCCAUUUCAAUAGCUUUGGUAGAAAAAUAUAUACAAAGGCUUACGUAGGUAAUAAUAAGAAAACACAGUACAUGUAUUAAUUGCCAUUGAACUUUCCCAUGUAAGCGAAAGAUCAUUCUUGUGAAGUGAUUUGAAGUCGUGUAGAUGAUUAUCAAAUAUAAUUUAUGAUGUGACACAAUGACAUUUAUAGUGAAGAUGUGUUUGUGCCUUAAAUAAGUAUAUUUAUUGAUCUACUACUUGAUUAUAAAAUUGAGUUUUCAAUGAAAAUUUA